AUGGCUAAUUUCCCUCACUGGAUCAAUAAAAAGUCAAGCACUGCUUCAUCAUCAUCAGCAAGCAACCUAUCGCCAAGACAAGUAGCCAACAAAGCCUAUUCGCUUGCUAUCAAGAAGCUGGAUAGAGAUGAUAAAAGACGCAGACCACACUACACUGUCCGCGAAAGACUCUUGUUAUCAAACACAAUGACAAAGGCAGAAGACUUGCUGAAUAAACGUACUCCUCGUUCUAAUCGUAGAGUGCUGGCCUCUGAAUUUGACGAUGAUUUGAUCAUCUGUCCACCUGCUACUCAUAUUCCUCCACCUGCACCUAUCCAAGUCCAACCACAACCUCAACCACAAGCAGAAGAAAAGCCUGCUACACCUGCAUCAACAAUUACGCCUACAUCAAAUCAAGCAUUCCAGCCAUUAGAGUCCAAGACUCCUACCACUACUGCCAAUACUCCCACUGAGGCUCCUGCUCUGAUGAGCUCACCAGCAUUGCCUUCAGCUGAGGAAAUUGCAGUUUCACUUGUCGUUGUGGCCGCAGUUGCAUACAAUUCGCUUGUUGCAGCCACAGUCAAUGAACAAAAAGCAGCAUCAUUCUGUAGACCAAUGAUGAUACCAUCUCAUUCAAUGACAUCCUUUAAAACCAUAGUUUAA